CUGAGUCAGUUCCAACUGCAGAGCAGGAAGUGGGAAAGCGGAGAAGAGAGCAGAGAAGAUGAAUGAUGUGGAGGAAGAGGAGGACAGAGCAGAGUCUCCAGGAUCCAGCUGUCUGUCUAUGAAGAGUGACUGGUCCAAAGGUCUUCCUCCAAAGUUCAGUGAUGAACCUGGACCCUCAGACACAAAAGGUCAGAGAGACAGACUGAGAGCAGAGUCUCCAGGAUCCAGCUGUCUGUCUAUGAAGAGUGACCUGUCCAAAGAUGAACCUCCAUUCUUCAGUAAUGAACCUGGACCCUCAGACACAAAAGAGAAGAAGAGGAGCAGUGGUGUUUGUGAGGAGGAGCAGCUGUCCUGCUGUUCUUUGUGUCAGGACGUCCUGAAGGAUCCAGUCUCUACCAGCUGUGGACACUGGUUCUGCAGACAGUGCAUCACCUCAGACUGGGACCAGUCUGGUUCAUCAGGAGACUCCUCCUGUCCCCAGUGUGGACAAAGAUCCAGACCAGGACCUGGACUGCAGACAGCCAGUCAGACCAGCACUGUACAAACAGAUAGUGGUCUGCAGGAGGUUUUAGAUGAACAUCAGAUCAGUCUGAGGAGGAGAUGUGAACGUGUGACUGAAGGAACUGAUGGAACAGGAAGUAGAACCCUCCUCAACAGGAUCUACACUGAGCUCUACAUCACAGAGGGACAGAGUGAAGAGGUUAAUACCCAACAUGAGGUGAGGCAGCUGGAGACAGCUUCCAAGAAGAAGACCCUCCAUGACACUCCAAUCAGGUGCCAGGACGUCUUUAAAGCCUUACCUGACCAACAGAGACACAUCAGAGUGGUUCUGACCAACGGCGUCGCUGGUGUUGGAAAAACCUUCUCAGUGCAGAAGUUCACUCUGGACUGGGCAGAGGGCUUGGAAAACCAAGAUGUCAGUCUGCUGGUUCUGCUUUCGUUCAGGGAGCUGAACCUGAUCAGAGAUGAGCAGUACAGUCUUCUCACGCUGCUCCAUGUUUUCCAUCCAACAUUACAGAAGGUCACAGCAGAGAAGCUGGCUGUCUGUAAAGUUCUGUUCAUCUUUGACGGCCUGGAUGAAAGCAGACUUUCACUGGAUUUCAACAACAGGAAGGUUGUGUCUGACGUCACACAGAAGUCAUCAGUCAACCAGCUGCUGACAAACCUCAUCCAGGGGAAUCUGCUUCCCUCGGCUCUGGUCUGGAUAACUUCCAGACCUGCAGCGGCCAAUCAGAUCCCUCCUUCAUGUGUUGACAGGGUAACAGAAGUACGAGGCUUCACUGACCCACAGAAGGAGGAGUACUUCAGGAGGAGAUCCAGUGAUGAAGAGCUGUCCAACAGAACCAUCUCACACAUCAAGACCUCCAGGAGCCUCCACAUCAUGUGUGGAGUCCCAGUCUUCUGCUGGAUCACUGCUACAGUUGUGGAGCACAUGUUGACUACAGAGCAGAGAGGAGAGCUGCCCAAGACCAUGACUGACCUGUUCUCACACUUCCUGCUGGUUCAGACAAAGAGGAAGAAGAACAAGUACCAUGAGGGACAUGAGACGAGUCCACAGGAGCUGAGGGAGGCUGACAGGGAAGUUCUUCUGAAGCUGGGGAGGCUGGCGUUUGAACAUCUGGAGAAAGGAAACAUCAUGUUCUACCAAGAAGACCUGGAGCAGUGUGGUCUUGAUGUGACAGAGGCCUUGGUGUACUCAGGAGUUUGUACAGAGAUCUUCAAAAGAGAGAGUGUGAUCUUCCAGAAAACAGUCUACUGCUUUGUUCAUCUGAGCGUUCAGGAGUUUCUGGCUGCAGUCUACAUCUUCCACUGUUUCACCAACAGGAACACACAGGUACUGAAGGACUUCCUGGGAGAAGACGGGGAACAUGAAAACUUUGAUUCAAGUAUGGAUGAUGAUGAUGAUUAUGAUGACGACGAUGAUGAUGAUUAUGAUGAUGAUGAUGAUGAUGAUGAUGAUGAUGACGAUGAUUGCCCAGGUCCAUCUCUGGAUGUCUUCCUGAGGAGAGCCAUGGAGAAAUCCCUCAAAAGUAAAAAUGGCCACCUGGACCUGUUUGCUCGCUUCCUUCAUGGCCUCUUUCUGGAGUCCAACCAGAGACUCUUAGGAGGUCUGCUGGGUCAGACAGAGAACAGUCCAGAAAUCAUCCAGAGAGCCAUCAACAACCUGAAGGAGAUGAACACUCACAGAAUCUCUCCUGACAGAAGCAUCAACAUCUUCCACUGUCUGAUGGAGAUGAACGACCACUCAGUUCAUCAGGAGAUCCAAGAGUUCCUGAAGUCAGAGAACAGAUCAGAGCAGAGACUCUCUGAGAUCCAGUGCUCAGCUCUGGCCUACAUGCUGCAGAUGUCAGAGGAGGUUCUGGAUGAGUUGGACCUGGAGAAGUACAACGCAUCAGUGGAGGGACGACAGAGACUGAUCCCAGCUGUGAGGAACUGCAGGAAGGCUCGAUUUUCUAGCUGUGGACUCUCAGAGACUCACUGUGAACUCCUGGCCUCGGCUCUGAAGUCCAACCCCUCCCAUCUGAGAGAACUGGAUCUAAGCAGAAAUUAUCUGCAGCAUUUAGGAAUGAAGUUGCUGUCUGCUGGAUUAAAGAGUCCACAUUGUGGACUGGAGACUCUGAGGCUUGAUAAAUGUGAACUGUCAGAGAGCUGCUGUGUCCUUCUGGCCUUAGCGCUUAAGUCCAACCCCUACCAUCUGAAAGAACUGGAUCUCAGUCACAACUCUCUGCAGGACGCUGGAGUAAAACGGUUGUCUGCUGAACUGGAGAGUUCAGAUUCCUGUCUGGAAACUUUGAGGUUGAGGUGCUGUAGCAUGACAGAGAUCAGCUGUUCUUCUCUGGUCUCAGCUCUGAAGUCCAACCCCUCCCAUCUGAGAGAACUGGACCUGAGUGACAACAACCUGAAGGAUUCAGGAGUGAAGGAGCUGUGUGGUUUUCUGCAGAGUCCAGACUGUAGACUGGAGACUCUGAGGUUGAGUCUCUGCAGGUUGUCAGAGAUCAGCUGUUCUUCUCUGGUCUCAGCUCUGAAGUCCAACCCCUCCCAUCUGAGAGACCUGGACCUGAGUGAAAACUGGGACCUGAAGGAUUCAGGAGUGAAGGAGCUGUGUGGUUUUCUGCAGAGUCCAGACUGUAGACUGGAGACUCUCAGGCUGUCUUGUUGUCUGGUCACACAUGAAGGCUGUUCUUCUCUGGUCUCAGCUCUGAAGUCCAACCCUUCCCAUCUGAGAGAACUUCAGCUGAAUGGAAACAACCUGAAGGAUUCAGGAGUGGAGGAUCUGUGUGGUUUUCUGCAGAGUCCAGACUGUAGACUGGAGACUCUGGGACUGAGUCGCUGCAGGUUGUCAGAGAUCAGCUGUUCUUCUCUGGUCUCAGCUCUGAAGUCCAACCCCUCCCAUCUGAGAGACCUGGACCUGAAUCUGAACCACCUGCAGGAUUCAGCAGUGAAGGAGCUGUUAGAUCUUGUGAAGAGUCCAGACUGGAGACUGGAGAUUCUGAGGGUGUAGAUGGAUGAGACUCUUCAGAAACACAUGGAUGCAGCAGCGACAGAUUCAUUCUCCCUCACAGUGACAAACCAGGAGGAAGGGGUCCUGAUCCCUCACUGGCCUCCCACUCCAACAACACAGUGUUUCUCCAUUGAGUGAUCCCAGGCUGCUGGGAUAAUGUGUAGAUAAUUGUCAAAACUGUUUACUGCAUGUUUUUAAUAGAUGUUUGUCCAUUGUUGAGAAGAAAAGUUUUGCUGAAAGAAUAUGCUUCAAGGCUUGUACUGAAUCAGGAACAAGAGGUUUUAUGUAUUUUCUAUACUUGGAACCUUCUGCAAAAAAGGUUUUACACAAUAAGUAGAGUGGUACUCUGUAGAACACACACCUCUGCCAAGUGAGAUUUUCCAACAAUAAUCAUGUCUGUUGGUGUGCCUAUCUAUGUAACGUACAUGGUUACUGAUUAUAACAGUUAAUUCAUAUUUUCAUUAUUUAUUUAUCUAUCUGUCUGUGUUUUACUUUUUGUUUAAUAUGUAAUAUAACUGGUUUAAAAUAGCUCUCACUUACCCACUGCUUUUGUUAUGUGAAGUAGCUGCUGUAACACUAUCGAUCGAUCUACCACAUAUCAUAAGAAUUUAACACACACUGACACUGAAGGCAUGCAUUAAAAAGAAAAAACCAUAAAAGAGGAAUAAGAAGUAACUGAGACUGUGGAGAAGUUCAUUUUAGAUUUAGGAUAUUGGACAGGCAUUCACUCUGAAUCCGCUUUCACAAUUUCAUCUCAUGUAGCACACCUGUUUUGAUUGCUAAUGUGUAAUUAAUUUAUUUUAAAUCAAUAUUUGAAUUGAAGUCCCUUGCAGUUUUUUCAGUAGCUUUCAUGUCAUGUGACCCAGUGACUCCAAACCAAUGACACACUGGACAAACAAGCUUUUUUCAAUAAAAAAUAAAUAAAAGCUGCCCUAAGGUGAGGUAAGGUAAGGUUCCGAGGUGAAGUAGAGAGCUGCGGGAAUGAGUCCUAAAACCCGGAAAUAAAUUAACCUUUUUGGCGCUUCCUUGUAAAAUCACGAGUGGUGUAUUAACGUAUUUUAUGUUGUAGAUUAAAACAUGACGAUGUCUUGAGCUUGUCUUAAAACCAAACAUAUUUAUUUCAGGCAUCUGAACAAAACCCCAUUCAAAAAACCUUCAGGACGAGAGAGCCAGAAGUGCUAAAAUGCUAACUUACUUCCAGGUUUCAGGACUGUACCUGUACCACUGGAGAACCGGCUCCCGGCUCCGCCUGAUGACGUGUGACGUUUUGACGCCGCAGCAAACACUUCCGAGCUGGAAAGCGGGAAAAAAGAAAAGUGUUGAAGACGUGAAGGUUCUCCGAAGAAGCUGCUCUUAGGGAGGAUAUGGAACUACAGGAAACCAGUUAGCAGCAAAGUGUUGUUGUUCCUUCCACCACCAAACCCAAAAACACAGAGACAAAACCUCAAUGUGUUUCUCCUGCCGAGGAACGUCCCCCUGGACGAGGUGAAGGCAAAACAUCGAAAUUCUGAGCACAUCAUGACUCCGUCCUACUGCCGCCUCAUCACAGGUCAGAGGUACUCUGUUCAGUGUGGGAAGGCUCAGAAGGUUCAGCCUGAGAGAGCAGAGUUUGACCUGGAUCUGGGACCAGAUUAUCUCCCAACGUUUGAGAUCCGUCUGCCGAUAAACACAGAGGAAGCCACUGUGACAGUCCGAGACCAAAAAGAUAAAGACGUCUGGAAGCAUGACGUUGACCUGUCGGAUUCUCUUCAAAGUAAAGAAAAUCAACCGGAGCCUCGGAGUCUCUCACCAGAGAAAAGGUUGUUCUCAGUUCGGUCACAGUUUGUUGAUGCAGUGUCUGACCCUGUUCUGAACAAGAUGCUGGAUCAGCUGUUGCAGCAGGACAUUAUAAAUGAUGAAGAAAAGGAUUCUGUCGCCACAAAAACCAAGGCUGACAAGGCUCGAACUUUGAUCGAUAUGGUGCGAAAAAAAGGAGCACGAGCCAGUUCAGAUGUGAUUAAACUCAUCCGUAAGUUGGAUGUCCACCUCUCUGAAAAGCUACACUUGAGCUGAAGUAAUUGUAAUACCUGUAAAACCAGUGCUUAGUGUGUAGCAAGCAGAGUGUACAUGUGCAGGUGCCUGUUUCAUUUGAAAUACUCUAAACAGUCAUGAAAUCAACAUUUAUUGUUGUUAAAAAGUAAAAACACAGUUCAAAAGCCCUUGACAGAGAAACCCCCCCCACUUUUUUUUCAAUCUCCUCUUUUUUGUAGUUUUGUAGCUCCAGAAGAUAUUUUCUCAUAACGUAACAUUUUUUGUGCUAAUAAAAUUCUGCUUGAUACUUGUGGGGUCUCUUUUAGUCUCAGCGUGGCCUUUAAUUUCAGUGUUUUAAUUUCAGUGUAGGUUUCCAAACAGAUAAUUGAAUCUGGUCUGAUACCAGAAGAAUUUCUCUCCCUGCCCAUGAAUAGUUGGUUUAUUGUGCUCUGUCUGAAUCCACUAUGGCACAUCAGUGGAAGGAAACCUGUGUUGCCAUCAACUGACAAGAAUCCUGGCAAAGACAGAGCUCCACAUGCCCACUGUCAAAACUUUUUAUUCAAGAAACUGAAAGACUGAAGGACUUAC